CUAUUUAAACCAGCGCCUUGACCCACCCUGCACAGACUCUGAACCUAAACCUGAAGCUUGGUUUAUAUGGAAACAAAAUCAAUGGAGCUUGGAAAAAUGGAUACAUCCCGCAGGAAUGAGCCCACUUAUCUUGCCUGGUCUAUCUUCAACACUUUUUGUUGCUGUUUGCCACUUGGAGUUGCAGCAAUCAUCUACUCAAGCAGAGUAAACAAUGCUAAUACCCUUGGAGAUGCUGGAAAAGCUCAAGAGUCCUCCAGGAUAGCAAAGAACCUGAAUAUUGCUUCACUGGUGCUGGGGCUCAUUGGUUUAAUUUUGUUGAUUGUAAUGCUAGUGAUUCAAAAAAUGUAAGCAAGCUUGUGAAGGAUUUUUUUUUUUUUUUUUUUUGGUCCCUGCUAUUCAAUCACCACUGAACUUCACUACUCCAACUACCACAACUCCAGAGAUGAUGAAGACCAGCUGUGGCUUCAAAAUUAAAUAAGCAAUGGUAGCCACACAAUGUUGCUUAUAUUUUGGGGGUUAUGCUACAGAAAUAUAAAUUUUAUUAGUUAAAAAAUGUCUUUGAAAACUGUAAAAGUCCCAAGUUUAAAACUAAAUCUGUUUAAAAAAAAAAAAAAAAAACUUGUAUUGUUUGAUAAUAUCCUUUUUUGUUUGUUCCUUUUCAUUAUAUUUUGCAUUGUUCAUACACGUGAAUGAUGUUUUAUGACAGAUAAUGUAAUGAAAUCUCAUUCAAAUUAAUGAAAUCUUCAUUUUAAUUAGUCUAAUUAUUUUACAAUGAAGUACUUUUACGAUAAUGUACCUUGAGAUGUAUUCAAAGUACCGUAAUCACAUAACUAUGUUAAACAUUUACAUGUAUAAACAUAAAAUAUAAAUGGUAAAUGGCAUAUGUAACGUUUUUCUCCAUUUAUGUUCUAUCUAUAAUUUUAUACACAAGUAUUUUUUACAUACUUAAUAAGGCAUAAAAAUGUACCAACUUGGUUCUCAUAUUUUAUGCUUUUGUCAAGUAACUUCUCUAUUAUAUACGUAAAAUAUUGCCAUGCACUCAAGUAUGUACUUUUUCUUACGUCACUACUACAUCAUUUUUUAUUAAAAUUUAUUUCAUCCA